CGCGUGUCUCAAAGGCCGAGUCUUGGCGCAGCCCUGUGGGGUGGGGUAUCGCCCGUCGGGGUCCGCUUCCGUUAACGUGUCCUCCAAGACCAUUCUCCCGAGUCCCGACCUCCCCUUCCGACGAAGGAAGCCUCCGAGAGAGCGAUAGAUCUGAUAGAAAUCGAGAUAUUAGCGUUGGUCGGUCUCUCUCAUACUAAUAGGGUGCCCCCUGUGUCUCGUAAUCUCUCCCUUGCCGCGCCUUUGGAUUCGUUUUGGCUGGGAGCGAGAUGGAGGAGAGGUACGAGCCGUUGAAGGAGCUGGGGGCGGGGAACUUCGGGGUGGCGAGGCUGGUGAGGGACAAGAAGACCAAGGAGCUCGUCGCCGUGAAGUACAUCGAGAGGGGGAAGAAGAUUGAUGAGAACGUGCAGCGGGAAAUCAUCAAUCACAUGUCUUUGAGGCAUCCUAACAUCGUUCGUUUCAAGGAGGUGUUGCUAACACCAACACACCUAGCUAUUGUCAUGGAAUAUGCCGCUGGAGGAGAGCUCUUUGCAAGGAUAUGCAAUGCUGGUCGGUUUAGUGAGGAUGAGGCGAGAUUCUUCUUUCAGCAGCUGAUAUCUGGAGUUAGUUACUGCCAUUCCAUGGAAAUCUGUCACCGUGACCUUAAACUUGAGAAUACACUCUUGGAUGGGAGUCCAACACCACGCCUUAAAAUUUGCGACUUCGGUUACUCAAAGUCUGCUUUGUUGCAUUCGCAACCCAAAUCGACAGUAGGUACUCCAGCAUACAUAGCACCAGAGGUUCUAUCACGAAAGGAGUAUGAUGGCAAGAUUGCAGAUGUUUGGUCCUGUGGUGUCACAUUGUACGUGAUGUUGGUUGGUUCAUACCCAUUUGAGGAUCCCGAGGAUCCAAGAAACUUCAGGAAGACAAUUAGUCGAAUAUUAAGUGUUCAAUACUCCAUUCCGGAUUAUGUGCGAGUGUCUCGAGAGUGCAGGCAGCUUCUCUCUCGAAUUUUUGUUGCCAAUCCAUCAAAGAGGAUCACAGUCCCAGAGAUAAAAAAGCUUCCCUGGUUUCUGAAGAACUUACCUAAAGAGAUAAUGGAGGUUGAGAAAACAAAUUACAUGGUCAGAGAGCAAGAUCAGCCCAGUCAGACUGUUGAAGAAAUAAUGCGCAUCAUAGAAGAAGCAAAGAAACUGGCAGAAGGUUCCAAGGCAAUUGAUCAGUCUGUGUUGGGAUUGGUGGAUGCUGAUGAUACUGAAGCUGAGGCAGAUACUGAAGAGCUUGAUAGCAGUGGUGACUUCCUAGCACCCAUUUGACUUAAUACAUGGGGGUUCAGAAUUAGGAUGAUGUUGUACUCAAACCAUGGGUUCCAGCAGAUGUAGGCUAGUGAAACUUUGCUUUUAUUGUGUGAUAAUCCUUUGCAUGUUUGUGUUCAAUGUACAGUGUUGGAGGGCUGUGAAUAUUUAAAGCCCUUGAACUGACUUGUGUUUUCGGAGGUGUGUUGAAGAAUGCUAUGGGAUCUUACCAACUGGAUGCCUCUAUCUGGAGUAAGCAUUCUCCAAGUUA